AUGGACAUCAGGCGACCGGUCCUUCUCGUGGCCCUACUAGGGCUUUUCUUUUUUUCGCUUAUUGCCCAGUCGUACCUUUACGGGAACCACACCGGCGCCGACGCUCCCGAAUGUCGAACCGUUUCAAUGUACCCAUCGUACGCUCGAAUACGGUCUUUUGACAAAACGCAUACCCGGUUUGCUUCCAAGUACUCCUUGUGGCUUUAUAGGGAGCAGGGCAAGGACACCAUUCCCAAGAAGGAAGGAGAGGGUUUCCAGGCGCUCGACGGUAUCCCUAUCUUGUUCAUUCCAGGAAACGCCGGGUCGUACCGUCAGGUUAGAUCUAUAGCUGCCGAGACGUCCGUGUUGUGGUUCGAUCCAAACAUCAACGUGGUCGACAACCCCAAGCAGAAAAACUACGACUUCUUUGCUGCCGACUUCAACGAGGACUUCCUGGCCUUCCAUGGCCGUACCAUCUUGGACCAGGCCGAGUACUUGAACGACGCCGUGGCCUUCAUUCUCCUGCUUUACUCCCACAACGAAAACCCGCCCACGUCUCUUAUUUUGAUGGGCCACUCCAUGGGCGGCAUCGUCGCAAGACUCAUGCUCACUUUGCCCAAUUACGUUCCAGGAUCCGUCAAUACCAUCCUCACUCUUUCGUCGCCCCACUCGGCGCCUCCACUCACUUUCGACGGUGAUCUCUUGCGGGUUUACUCUGCUAUCGACCGUUUUUGGUACGACGGGUUUCACCUGAAGCUGGAAGAGCCCUCCUUGGCUCACCAGAGACUCCACAAUGUCUCGGUGGUUUCUCUCACAGGCGGUCUUCUCGAUUCCGUUUUGCCUGCCGACUACACCACCUUGGGCUACUUGGUGCCACCCUCCAAUGGUUUCACCAUGUUUACUACCGGUAUUCAGGAUGUCUGGACCCCAUCAGACCAUUUGGCCAUAGUGUGGUGCCGCCAGCUCCGAAGACUGAUUGCCAAGUGGCUCUUGAGCAUUGCUGAUAAGACAUCUCCUCACAGAACGUACCCCUUGGAGCGCCGGAUGGAGCUUCUGCGCCAGUUAUUCAUGACAGGCUUUGAAAAGUACACGGAGCAGGACUUUGAUUUGACCAAAGACUUUGUGAGAGUCACCUUGGACAAGAGUACCGUGAACUUUCUCGGACCCAAUUCACUCCUUAAAUUGACCAACAGGCGCCAUAGUCCUCGUAAGGUCAACAUCAUCAUGACCGAGCCCGGACAGACCCUUCAAUUCCUUUCUCUGGAAGUUUUGACAUACUGGGAGGACGCCAUGAUUGCCGAGUCCCAGACGGCCAGUGCUCUUAUGUGUAAGAAGGCCAAGAAGGAAAACGCCGAUCCAGACAACUCCUUUGCCGGACUUGAAUGUAUUGACUUGUUCACCCACAUCCACCAGGUGCCUCGUUCUAGCAACGAUGUGCGCAAGUUGAUGGACUCCUCCUUCGACGGCGACAAGGAAUCUUUCUACGGCUGUGAGAUUGGGCCCCAGAUUUUGGACAAUUUCGAUAUGAUCAUCAUCCACGAACCAUUGAAGACAUCCGACUCGCACUUUUCCGUGGCCCAUCUUAUAUCAUCCAGCAAGACAAAUGUCACACUUGAGUCCGAUUUGAGCAGCCUCUUGGUGUCGAACGUCGAGGCUAAACUUCCUGCUGACAGACCUAUGGCAUUGAACAUCUACGUUCGCUUUGAGAACUUGGAGAAGAAGGGCCAGGAUUUCUCUCCUUUUAUCCGCCAAUGGAGAGACGAGCCAUAUGAGACCAAGUGGCACAUCAACGUCAAAGAUGGCGCUGAGACCCAUAUCAGUGUCCAUGCAAUUGCUCCAUUUACGCCAUUUGACAGAACCAGAGAGCAACAAGGUGUUAAUCUUGAACUUUGGGUAGACCCUGAGAACCCAAAAUCAGACAAGCCUUUGGAAGACGUCAAGGUGAUCUUUUCUGUUGAUAUUUGGGGCAGUUUGAGACUCUUGGUGCUUCGUUACAGACUAGCCGUUGUGGCCCACUGCCUUGCAGUCUCGUUGUUGGUGUUUGUCUUCCAGUGUUUGAGAUAUUUCGACACAGGCAAGUUCCCUGAUCAAUUGUACGGCCUUGGGUGUGUUUGCGAACGCAAGCUCUUUACGAUUUUGGUUGUCCUAUUCGGGUCGCUUUCGGUGAUUGUUAAAAACAAGACCAUCCAGGCUAUUCUUAAUUUCGCUGACCCGGUAGUCUGGCACCGCAGAAACGAGAUCAAUAUCAGCUUGCAUCCUGACUAUACCCUUAAUACUUUCUACCUUGGUCUCGAGGAAGACUGUCUUUGGUACUUCGGCCCAUUAUUUUUCCUUAUGGCCAUUGGCAUCAACUGGUUCAUCUACCACUUCCUAAUCUACACCGGUCAGCUCAUAGUUUACGUUGGAAGGUUGACGAAAAUGUUCCCAAGGAGCUUUGAGGAGAAAGAGGCACCUCUUGUUGAAUGGAACAAAACCAGGUUGGGUGUGUUGGCGCUUCUUGUUGUUCUUGUGUCAUUCUACUUACCAUACCAAUUUGCUUACUUGACCGCAUUGGCAUUGCAAAUCGUUACUGUUAUCAAGCUCAUGGCCCACCGUAACGCUAAGACAGCCUGCAACUACAAUAUCAGCUUGAUGUUGUUGAUGCUCUGGGUUUUGCCCAUUAACAUUCCAGUUUUGAUCGUGUUCGUCCACAAUUUUAGCAUCAAUUGGACCUCGCCAUUCUCGUCACACCACAACUUUUUAGCUGUGGCGCCUAUCGUUGCUUUGGCACAACUUCAGAGCCAAUACAGCGGAUGGGUUCCAAUUCCACGCAAGGGAGAAGGGAAAAAUAUUUACUUCCGUGUCGUUAUGGCGGUCCUAGUGUACACUGUCUUUUACUGUAUGGUAUACGGCGUUCGUCACACCUACUGGCUACAUCACUUGUUUAACUUUUCGUGUGGUUUGCUUUUGCUAGGGUUUGGAGAAAAGAUGAUGUUGUGA